AUGAUGGACCAAAGUGAGCCAGAUUCCUAUUUUGUGCCAUCGGGACUCUUCACCGUGGACGAACCCUCCCAAAAGGCAAUUCACGAAUACGAGAUCCUUGACCCAGCACGCGUAGGCUGGGUCUCAGUAAAUCUACGCCAAGAUACGAAGGAUUAUACUAAUACCGCUUUGAUCGAACUGAUGAUUGACCGUCUCUUCUCGCAAAAAGUCUACCCGAGAUUAGGUGGACUUGGUCGCCAAGGAUCUCAAAGCAACUUGUUUUCUGAUCUGGUCUUUGAGCCGGAAAAAGGAGGAGAAGCAGCAGUCAAUUAUGCUCUUCACAAUGCCCGGAAACUGUUGAACAAGGUGCGUGCUAGCAAGCUCUUCAUCGAACCCGCUUCUUAG